GCUCUUUUUCCUGAUCUUUCAAUUGCCCUUUCCUUCGCCUUCUGGAACCCACGAACUUCCCUUUUCCCUUAUCAUUUCCUCGCACCCCCCAGAACCUUCUAGAAACAACAAAACCUCUCUCUCUCUCUCUCUCUCUCUCUCUCUGUGUCGUUCGCUCCGAAAGCUCAUAGCUCAGUCCCUGGCGGUGAUGUUUGGUUAAGCGUUGCCAGCUGAAAAGGUUUCGUGGGGAACCAGCCAGUUCGGUUACGCAGUUCUUGUUUGGUUGGAGAGAAAAUUCUAGCACUUUUCCAGGUAACAUUGACAAGAGCUAUUUUUUUUGUUUGUUUGUUUAUCUAAACGGGAUUCGUUUAGUACUCAUACGCUGAGGAAAUAGAAGAAAAUACGGGAAAUAUCGGAGAAAAUCUGAGAUCUUGAAGACUUGAACCUGUUCUUUCAUGAUAUGUUGGGUUUCGCAAAUGAAUAAAGCAUCGCGCAGUUAUAUUUUAUGUAUUAUUCUAAUUCUCCAUUUUGUUUCUUAAUUCGUUUUAUUGAACCUUCUCGCCUCUCGGAGACCAAACGGUACACAAUUAAUGAUACAUUUAGAUAUAUUAAUUAUCAAGUUUUUGUCGUUAUUUAUCGAGUCCGAUCUAAGAGAGCGUCAAACAUCAGAUUGAGCCAACACGUCAAGAAAGUUCCAGUGUUUUAGGGCUCGGAUCCGAGAGCGAGGCCUAUGGCGCCAUUGCCGGUCGAACAGACCGGCGAUUCGGGUCCGGGAGAGUCGCAGAGAUCUCUCCCGACUCCGUUCCUCAUCAAGACCUUCCAACUGGUUGACGACCCCGCCGUCGACGACCUCAUUUCCUGGAACGACGACGGAUCGACCUUCAUCGUCUGGCGCCCCGCUGAGUUCGCUCGCGAUUUGCUUCCGAAGUACUUCAAGCACAACAACUUCUCCAGCUUCGUUCGCCAACUCAACACUUACGGAUUUCGGAAAGUCGUGCCGGAUCGGUGGGAAUUCGCGAACGAUUGCUUUCGGAGAGGCGAGAAAGGGCUCCUCCGCGACAUACAGCGCCGGAAGAUCUCGAUGGUUGCCGCGUCUCCCGCCUCUCAGGUGGUGACGGUGGCGGCACCGUCGCUUGCGGCGGCGCUCGCAGUCUCGCCGGCGAACUCCGGAGACGAGCAGGUGAUCUCGUCGAACUCGUCGCCAGUGGUUGCGGUGCACCGGAGCACGAGCUGUGCCACGGCGCCGGAGCUUCUGGAGGAGAACGAGCGUCUGAGGAAGGAGAACUCGCAGCUGAGCCACGAGUUGACCCAGCUGAGAGGCCUAUGCAAUAACAUACUCGGUCUGAUGACGAACUUCGCCACCGGUCAGUUAGACGGUACCGGAGCUUCCGUACCGGAGGGAAAGCCGUUGGAGCUUUUACCAGCUAAGCAGGUGAUCGCGGUUGCGGAGGACCGUGGGGCCCGGAAGUUGGAGGAGGACGACGACGAAGACGACGAAGAAGACGCCAAUGAUCAGGACGACGGGACAACAAAGACGACGCCGCGGCUGUUUGGUGUUUCAAUCGGGGUUAAGCGCGUGAGGACGGACGAGGAGGAAGGGCAGAAUAGGGAAAAUUCUCAGGAAAAAGAGUCCGGGUCAGAAGUGAAAGCAGAGCCGUUGGAUGGGAAUUCUAACCAUCAGGAACCGCCCUGGCUAGAGCUUUGAAAAUGACGACGAUGGACUCUGAUCUGAUCUGAAAUCUCGAUGGUUUCCACGAGGGAACGAACGAGCGGAUGACUCGGGGGGCAAGCUGUCACGUGACUCCGUGUUGUUGUAAAAAUAUGUAAAAGGAACGACAGCCAACGCCUAAGCGUUUGUAAAGCCUUGUGGACUGGUGUGGAAAGUUUACUGUGACAGGUCGUUGUUGCUUGAGCACGCCACCGUGGAAAGAGUAGGCACGAUGGGAUUGGGAAAGGGCGCUGCGUUGGACAGAUGGGAAAAGGAGGAGACUGUAGAGAGUAGAAAAGUUUUGUGAAUUGUCAAGGUUGGGGUAGAGAAGAAGAAAAUAGAGCCAGCUAGAUGUGAUGAAUAUUCCAGAAUGGAAGAUAGAUAACUGGAGCCUGUUUUAGCCUAACAAGCUGUAAAUAGUUUGGUACCAAAUUCUAUUUAGGAGUAGAAUUCUUCCCUGAUGCAGAUCAGUGGUUGGUGAUGUCUUCUUGGUUAUGUAUCCUAUUUUUCUUUUCUUUUUUUCUUUUUUUUUUUAAGUAUGUUUUAGGCUCUUGUUAAUGACACUAAGUUUAGCUUUGUUUA